CUGAAGUGAUCACUGUAUAUCUUUGGAGAAAGUGUUCCUUAAAAACUAAAUUUCAAAUUUAAAUCUCCGUGGCUUCUCUGCUCACUGCUGCUCACAACCCACCUGUAGUGCCUCAUUCUCUGCUAAAAAUUGGUAACAUUAUAAAAGGAGGAUUCUGCUUCCUUGUAUGAAGCUCAUCCACAUUCACGGGACUAAACAGGAGUUCAUAAAACAACUUUUGAAGACAAAGACCAUGGCAGCGUUUCAUUAUAAUUGCCAUACAAAUAUAUUGAAUAACAGUGCGCUUUUCAAGGCCUGAAUUAAAAUCAUCCAAUGUCGAUGCCAUCCACCGCCAAUCUCAAUCUCAAUAUCGUAGCAUUAUGUAGAAAGGGUUGUUUAAAGGAGGCGCUACACAUUCUGCUUACCACGCACAACCCCACUGUAAACCCUUCUACAUAUCUUCAACUAUUGCAGACCUGCAUUUCGAAGAAAGCUCUUUCAGAAGGUAAGCGAAUCCACUCCCACAUCAGUGAGAGGGUAUUCGAGUCACUCUCACACAAACUUUUACAAGAUACGCUUAUACGCAUGUACUACCACUGCGGAAAUUUAGUGCAUGCCCGCGAAAUGUUUGACCAAAUGAUUGAACGAGAUGUUUUAUCAUGGAAUGCGAUCAUUGCAGCGUACCGAAGACAUGGGUGUCCUCACGAGUCAUUGGCACUGUUUCACCAAAUGCAAGCAACAGGUGUCCAACCAGAUCAGUUCACCUUUUCCAGCAUACUCCAAGCCUGUGCCAAAAUAAGAGAUUUGAAACACGGUAUCUGCAUCCAUCAAAGCAUAAUAGAAGCGGGUUUUUUAUCAGAUUAUGUAGUUGCAAAUGCCUUGGUAGAUAUGUAUGCAAAAUGUGGAAGCAUACAGAAGGCACGCGAUAUGUUUGACAAAAUGCCUCAUAGAGACGUGUUCUCAUGGACUGCAAUGGUUUCAGGAUAUGCACAGAGUGGUGUUCCUGACGAGGCUCUAAGGCUUUUUGAAGAAAUGCCCCAAAGAAAUGUCGUCACAUGGAAUGCCCUGAUUGCAGGAUAUGUACAAAAUGGGUUUGUUGAAAAGGCUUUGGAAACUUUUAAGCAAAUGAAAUUGAUGCAUGUAGAGCCAGACACCACAACCUUUGUUAGUGUCCUCCCAGCUUGUGCCAAAAUAGGAGCUUUGGAGCAGGGCAGGGACAUCCAUCAAAACAUAAUUGAACGUGGAUUUCCGUUAGAUGUUGCAGUUGCGAGUGCCCUGGUAGACAUGUACGCAAAAUGUGGAAGCAUACAUAAGGCACGUGAAUUAUUUGACAAAAUGCCGCAACGAGAUGUUGUCUCAUGGACUACAAUGAUUGCUGGAUAUGCUCAAAAUGGCUAUUGCAAGGAUGCUCUUAAACUCUUUGAACAAAUGAAGCACUCCGGAACACACCCUAACUAUGUAACUUUCACUUGUAUUUUAUUGGCAUGUAGCCAUGCAGGUUUAGUGGAUGAAGGCUGUAAACACUUCAAUGGCAUGAGUGAUUCUUAUUAUAUCAUGCCUACAAGUGAUCAUUAUGUGUGCAUGGUUGAUCUUCUUGGCCGUGCUGGAUAUGUUGAGGAAACUCUGAACUUUAUAAUCAAAAUGCCAAUCAAACCUGUGGCAGUAGUGUGGACGUGCUUGCUCGGUGCUUGCAGAUCACAUAAAAAUAUAGAGUUAGGAGUAUUUAUAGCAUCUCUUCUUUUUGAAAUGAAUCCCAAAAAUGCUGCACCUUAUGUUCUUCUGGGAAACAUGUAUGCAGAAAUAGGCGAUUGGGGUGAGGUUCAGAUGGUAAGGAGAUUGAUGAAAGAUAGAGGAAUUAAAAAGAUCCCUGGGUGUAGUUGGAUUCAAGGCCCUAAAAUGGUGCAUGCUUUUUGUGUAGGCGACAGAUUACACCCACAGACAAGGGAGAUCAUUGCAAAGUUGGAGGAAUUGUCUUGGGAGAUCAAGGCAGCAGGGUAUUCUCCAGAUUCAAGAACAGUUCUGAAUGAUUUGGAAGAGGAGGAAAAAGAAUUACUUCUCUGCCACCAUAGCGAGAAGAUGGCAAUUGCAUUUGGAUUGUUAAACACAACCCCUGGAACAACUAUUAGAGUUGUGAAGAACCUUAGAAUAUGUGUUGACUGCCACACUGCAACGAAGUUCAUCUCCAAGGUUGUUGCAAGAGAAAUUGUUGUGAGAGAUGCAAACAGAUUUCAUCAUUUCAAAAAUGGGCAGUGUUCUUGUAGGGAUUAUUGGUGAUGGUAGGUUAUUGGCAAAGCUAAUUAAAGCAAUCUGAAAACAUCAGCCUGCACUAUAAUGAAGUAUACAGUGAAUAGAAAGAUUUCGGAGAAAAUUAUCUAGAAAACUCUGAAUGAAGAGAACUAUAAGUGUAAUUUGAUACAAAAUCUUCUACACAGUUUCCUCCAGAAGUUAUCUACUGAGAACCUUGUGUUUUCUAAGGUGCACAAUGUCAGAUCUGAAGUGGCGAAGAAGGGACAAGAUUUAAUUUUCGGUUCCUAGAAAUUUUGUUUUUUCAUUGUGUUUGGAGAUUUAGUCCAUGCUGUUGACUUCAUAAAAUCAGGCGUAUGCUAAGCAAUUUGCAUGACUGCCUGUAUAUACUGAUGAGGUAUUUGUUAAAGUUCUGUUGUAUAAUACAACGAUGGUGUCAUGAUAUUGAAUUGUUUCCAAGAAACCUGCGCAUGUCUCACCUGAAGAGCUGGAGAGCUUGGAGAAUGGGAUCAAAAUAAAAUGAGGCACUCUUGAAGGAAAUGGAAAGAUGAUUGGCCAACACAAAAUGUGAAAGGGUUUACAAUAAAUCCAUAUUUGGAGAUGAUAGGGAAAAUAUCUCUUGAUAGUUCCAACUCUACAAAACCCUGUUAGUUUGUAAGCUCAUAUUCAUGUGGAUUUUUUUUUCUUAUUUAUAAUUAAAGAUUUCUUUUUUCUUU